AUUUCCAUAGUGAGGAAUGGCUUGCAGAGUUGGCAAUGUCGCAUUCAGCUAGCUAAUCCAUCACUUACAAACACACGCUCUCUCUCCCAGAAAACGUUCCGUCUCGGCAGUUCAGCUGCUUCAAUCUCCUCACCUACUCAAGCGCACCAUUCCUUCAUUUAUUCUUCAUUCAUUCUUUCAUUGUACUCAAAGAUAUUGCUUGCAGCAUCUGUGUGUAAAUGCCUUUUCCCUUCUCCAUUCUCCCUCCGUCUCUUCAUUUAGAGUUUGUUUGAGCUAGAGAAAAGCAGUGGAGAUGCCGCUGGUGAGGCUAGAGCUGAAGAAUGAGUACGGGCUGGGCCAGCCUGAGCUGUAUACAGAGGCCAGCAAAGAAGAUCCGAAAGCAAUCCUCGACGGCGUCGCCGUUGCUGGCCUGGUAGGGAUCUUGCGUCAGUUAGGCGAUGUUGCGGAAUUUGCAGCAGACAUUUUUCAUGACUUACAGGAGCAAGUCAUGAGCACAGCAUCUAGAAGUCAUAAAUUAAUGGUUCGUGUAAAACAUAUUGAAGCUGCACUUCCACCUCUUGAGAAGGCUGUACUCGCCCAAACAAGCCACAUUCAUUUUGCAUACACUGCUGGUACAGAGUGGCAUCCUCACAUUCGAAAUGAAACAAAUCAUUUCGUAUCCAAUGACUUGCCGAGAUUUAUCAUGGAUUCCUAUGAGGAGGGCCGUGAUCUUCCACGACUGCAGCAGCUUGACAAAUUUGAUACCAGUGGUCCGGGAUCUUGUUUACGAAGAUAUUCAGAUCCAACCUUUUUUAGAAGAGUAUCAGGUGAAUCUAUUGAAGCCAAUGCAAGGAAAGUCCAAAGAGAUAAGAAAGCUCGUAAAAGCAAGAAGAGAAGAUCAUUGCCUAGGAAUCGAGACGUAUCUCAAGGUGCAUCAGUAUCCAGUUAUAGCGACAGCAGGAGGCAGUUUACUUCUCCAGUUAAUACACGAGCCUCUCCUUCUCAGACAGCUUCCACAGUUGAUAUGAGCUUAAAAUCUGACAUCGGUGAUCACUCAAAUUCUUUUGAUUCAAGAAUUGGAUCAGGCCAUAUUGAAUGUGUUUUCCAUGCAAGUUCACCCUUGCAAUCAGAAGAGCAGGAGUCACGAGAAUUCUAUUCUAGGUUGGAGCAACACGAUGACACUAUUAAUUUUGUUUUUCCCGAUGAGCCAAAGAGGGUUGCAAACGAUAGUUAUCUGCGCAGUUCAUCACCAGAGCAGAUUGCCCCCACUUCAUCUUGUGUUGCAUGGGAUGAAAAAGCUGAAACGAUGCAGCCCCAAGGUCAGUAUUAUGAUGGAGAUGAAAUUCUGGAGACUUAUCCAACAAACUCUGACCUGGCCGCUUUGGAUACAUGCACUGCCAACCAUGGAAACAAUCUUCCAAUGGAUAUCCAAUUUGACAAUGAUAACACUCUGAAAUCAUUUUCUGGUAGGAACGAGCUUGAUGAGGUUGAGAGUGAACCAGAUACUUUUCUUGAUGCGUUAAACAACAUUGAAUCUGAAUCUGAAAAUGAUAUGGAUUGCCAAACAAAACAAGAAAACGAGCAAUGUGGCUCCUCCAGUUUUAACGAAGGAAGAAUUGCCGUAAUGCACAAUGCUUCAACUGAUAAGUUAGACCUUCAUCCUUCUGAACAUGAAUCUCUUAGUGAACCUGACAUCAACUCGAAGGAGCAUGGAUCUGUUAGUGAACUUGACAUCAAUCCAAAGGAGUGUCCUUCUGAACAUGAAUCUUUUAGUUCACCUGACAUAACCUUGAAGGAGCAUCCUUCUGAACAUGGAUCUUUUAUCGAACCUGACAUCAUCUCAAAGGAGCGUCCUUUUCAACAGGAAUCUCGUAGUGCGCCUGAUAUCACCUUGAAGGAGCAUAUUCCAUGUGAAUCACCCUGCUUGGUCUCUUUACAAAGGCUUGGUUAUGAGGAGACACCUCAAAUAUGUGAGGAUUCUUCUGAUUUACCCUGUUCUCCAGGAUUUAAGUUUUCUGCCGGUACAAAUGUCGUUGAAAAUUUGAAAGUAGAAUCUAUUGCCAGUGAUCCAUCAUCCUCUAACUCCAGAAUCUCCAGUUUAGAGGAACCACCAGGCGCUAAAAUCAUAAUCAACUCUUUUGAGUUGGGGCAAUCUCAUGCCAAACCUUUUGGCGUUCCAUCACUGAAGCUUUGGACGAAUGGUGGCCUGUUAGGUCUUGAGCCAUCGAAGCCUCCAGAUUUUUCAUCAUACUCCGCAAGUCUGGAUUCUAUGAUUGGGAAUAAAGAUGAGACAAUUUCUUCUCUGCCAAAUGGUUUUCAUCAGAUGGGGAGACGUGGUAUCAUGGACAAGGAUCCUCAAAUCACCAGAAAUGUUGCAGAUUUUAAAUCUUCAAAAUCAUGUGAUAUUGAUCAAGAGAAUGGCAUCCCAAUGGGGAAGACAUCUUUGACAUCUCCGGUGGUUGAUUCAGAUUCAAAAGUAGAAAAAUACGGAGGUUCUCAACAUAGUGAUAGCCAUAGUCAAUGUGAUGCGACUAGGGUUGUUGAACCGAUGACAGUUGAUCCAGAUGUUGUAGCUACAUCUACUGAGGCCAGUCAAGAGAUCGAUGAAAACCCCGCUAGAAUGUUAGGACUUGGCCACCGGUUACUCCUGAAUGAUUUUCAUAGAAAGGUUUCACUUGUCCAUGAUGGAAAACCUGACGUGGUUAGCCACCAGAAAGCUGGUAAAUUUGAUAAGAGAAGUGGGCACAACAAGGAGGUUUAUCAACCGACUCCAGAUACAACUUUCAAACAGCAAGCAGGGCGUAAAUCUCCAGUAGAUUUGCUUACUUCUUCACCACCGCUUGAGCAUAUGAAAAUAUCUUAUCACCCUGUAGAUGGUUUUGAAACUUCCAAACUGAAACUCAAAUUUCCAGAUACAAGCCGUUGUUCUGAAAGCAUAAGAGAUAUGUUUCCUUCAUUUCAGUUGGUCCCAGAGCCUAGCACUGCCGUGUGUGAUAUUGGUUCCGACUCUGAUGAUGACACCUUUUGUAGAUCAUCUCCUUGUUUGUCAGAUGGUGGUUGUAGCUACCACUCCCAGUCAGAUUAUGAACAAUGGGAAUAUGGUGAAACACCUCAAAACAAAGACCACAAGCUCUAUGAUGCUUUAGGCAGAAUUUCAUCUGUGGAAUCUGUUUCAAGUUCUCUUCAGCUCUGGGAAAUAGCUGAUAAUGGUAACCACUUUGCUAUUGAAGAAGUUAAAAACCUGUCUACUAAGAAUGGUGCAAAACCUUCUUUUUCUGGUCCUUCACUGGCUAUGGCAAGUACCGGUUCUAUGAGCCCAAUUCUACAGCGAGAAACAAUGAACAACCCAGAUUUGAAUAAUCUCCAAGAAUCCAAGUGUCCUAGGGAGUCCACUCCACUGCCCCCACCUCUACCUCCCGCGCAGUGGUGGGUCUUGAAGCCAAACUCAGAUAUGAAAGAAGAAAACUCACAUACUCUAUCUGAAGCUGAUGAACCUGCAUUUGAUCAGAAACCGUUUGGAUCUACCAAUUCCCACAAACCAAAGGUAGCCCCAGUCACUGAGAAACAAAUUAUCGAGGAGGCCAUCUCAUUUAACUCAAAGAGCUUGCAGCAGGACCAAGGGAAGUUUUGGCAGAAAGGAGCAAAUCAGGCAGUGCUUGGAAAAGGGAUAGAUGAAAAAGAAGAUUUCUUAGAGCAAAUCAGAACAAAAUCAUUCAACCUGAGACGCACGGUUCCAGUACAGCCAGCUGCUACAUCAGUCCCCACGGCAAAUGUCAAAGUCACUGCAAUUUUGGAGAAAGCAAAUGCAAUUCGUCAGGCUGUUGGCAGCGACGACGAUACUUGGAGCGAUACUUGAUUUUUUUAUCCUGGAAUUACACAAGUUAUUUUCAGCUAAUCGUCACAUAGUUCUGAGUUUCUGAAGUUGGUUUAAGGGAAGUAUUUUAUUUAUGUGAAUAGUCUCUCCAUCUCUUUGUAUUUAAUUUUUAGGCCAUAGCUUGUGUUUUAAUUGUGAUUAGUUGCAUUCAAUUCUGAAAUAGGCAGAAUUGGUUUUAAGCAUAGAUAACGUAUGUCAAUCACGGUUUACUUUCUUCUAAAAGGUAGGUUUUAGCAUCACAGUCAUACUCAUUCAAUUAUGAAUCCAAUGUCCCGUUAGUUCUGAUUUUCGCUUCAUCUUAUCAUUGUAAAUUGAAUUUUUUGGAACAUAUAUGAGCGACCCCUCAAGGGUUUGAUAGAAGAGUCAAGAGUAUCUCCGCAACAACGGAGAUACUCUCGAGUCUUCUAUGAA